AUGUACCAGGCCUCGUACGUAUACCACCCAUUACUCCAGUCAGUUCCUCUACCUACGAUUACGAACGCGCUUGGGCUUUUCAAGUGGAACGGCUACGUGCGGCCGUUGGCAAGAACCAGCCCAGCGACCCUGCCCCGCCAUGCCACGGCUCCGUCCCCGCCGGCGCCGCCCCGCCCCACCGUGGCCGGCGCCGCCCGCCCCGCACGCCUCGCUCGUGGCCGGCGCGGGCGGAGGAGCUCCGCCCUCGCCCGCGCACGCCCGCGCCCGCCUCGCCCGUGGCCGGCGCGGCCGGCGCCGCCCGCCCACGCCCGUGCCCGCCCCGCCGUGGCCGGCGCCGCCCUCCUCGCCCCCGCCCGUGGCCGGUGCGGCGAGCCUCGCCCGUGCCGGCGCCCGCCUCGGCGACCUCCGCCCGCCCACGCCCACGCCCACGCCCGCGCCCGUCGCGGCGAGCGCCGCCUCGCCCGUGGCCGGCGCGGCGAGCCUCACCCGUGCGCGCGCCUGUCGCGGCGAGCGCCGUCCGUGCCCGCCGCGGCCAGCUCCGCCCCGCCCGGCGACCUCCGCCCGCCUCGCCCGUGCGCGCGCCCGUCGCGGCGAGCGCCGUCCGUGCCCGCCGCGGCCAGCUCCGCCCGCCCGGCGAGCGCCGCCCCGCCCGUGGCCGACGCGGCGAGCCCCGCUCGUGCCCGGCCGUGGCUGUCCACGCGAGCCCAGCCCGUCCCCGUCUCGUGCCCGCACUCCGUCGCGGCGAGCUCCGCCCACGGCGGCGUGGCUUGCGCGCCGGCGUCCGUUCCCGCGCCCGUGCCUGCGCCGUCGACGAGGUUUGUCGCCGGAGCUCUUUUUGGAAGCAGCAACUUCCGGCAUGGAUAA